UCCGUUCGGCCGCGCUCGGCUCGGCUCGGCCCGGUUCGGCUCCGCCCCGCCCCGUCCGUCCCGGUUCGGCCCGGCCCGGCCCGGCCAUGGGCUGGCCCGUGCUGCUGAGCGCGGCCGCGCUCCUGGCCGCCGCCGCCGCCGCCUGGGAGCCCUCGGCCGAAGAGGAGCGGCUCUUCAAGGCCUGGAUGCUGCAGAACAACCGGCGCUACGGCCCCGAGGAGUACCCGCGCAGGCUGCGCGUCUUCCUGGGCAACAAGCGGCGCAUCGAGGAGCACAACGCCGGCAACCACAGCUUCCAGAUGGGCCUGAACCAGUUCUCGGAUCUGACCUUCGCGGAGUUCAAAAAGCUGUACCUGUGGAGCGAGCCGCAGAACUGCUCAGCCACCAAGGGGAACUUCCUGCGCAGCUCUGGGCCGUAUCCCGACUCCAUCGACUGGAGGAAGAAGGGGAAUUUCGUGACACCCGUGAAGAACCAGGGUGCCUGCGGGAGCUGCUGGACCUUUUCCACCACGGGCUGCUUGGAGUCUGCCAUUGCCAUUGCCACAGGAAAGCUGCUCUCUCUGGCAGAGCAGCAGUUGGUUGAUUGUGCCCAGGCCUUCAACAACCACGGCUGCAGUGGGGGCCUGCCGAGCCAAGCCUUCGAGUACAUCCUGUACAACAAAGGGCUCAUGGGGGAGGACAGCUACCCCUACCGGGCCAAGAACGGCACCUGCAGGUUCCAGCCGGAGAAGGCCAUUGCCUUUGUCAAGGACGUGAUCAACAUCACGCAGUAUGACGAGGAUGGCAUGGUGGAAGCUGUGGGGAAGCACAACCCAGUGAGCUUUGCCUUUGAGGUGACGAGUGACUUCAUGCACUACAGGAAAGGAGUGUAUUCCAACCCCCGCUGCGAGCACACCCCUGACAAGGUGAACCACGCCGUGCUGGCCGUGGGCUACGGAGAGGAGGAUGGCACGCCCUACUGGAUCGUCAAGAACUCCUGGGGCCGCCUGUGGGGCACGCAGGGGUACUUCCUCAUUGAACGAGGCAAGAACAUGUGUGGUCUGGCCGCUUGUGCCUCCUACCCCGUUCCCCGGGUGUAGCACAGCGCCGGGGGACGGGGCUGGAGCGGCUGCGGGGCUGGGUGCCGGCAGGGGGGAGGCGGGACGCGGUGCCCCGCCCGCCUGCCGGAGCUGCCACCUGCCGGAGCUGUCACCUGCCGGAGCUGUCACCUGCUGGAAGUGUCACCUGCUGGAAGUGUCACCUGCCGGAAGUGUCACCUGCCGGAAGUGUCACCUGCCGGAGCUGUCACCUGCUGGAAGUGUCACCUGCCGGAGCUGUCACCUGCCGGAGCUGUCACCUGCCGGAGCUGUCACCUGCCGGAGCUGUCACCUGCUGAAAGUGUCACCUGCCGGAGCUGUCACCUGCGGGCCCUUGGCUCGCACACCGCUGCUGCGCCCGCCCGCUCCAGCCAAAGCCCGGCGUGCCCCCUGCCCCUGCCACGUUCCCUGCUCCUGCCGCCGCGCCCAGGUGUGCCCAGGUGUGCCCAGGUGUGCCCAGGUGCGCCUCCAGCCGCCUGUCCCCACCUGUGGGCAGCAGCGGGACCGCCCGGGUGCCCGGACACCCCGCAGGCUCCGGUUGGAGCGCCCCCCGCCCCUCGGGUGGAUCUUUUUUUUUUUUUUUUUUUUUUGCAAUCACCAGGUGUCAAUUUUAGCGAUUUUAAAAUUUUCUUUGAAGGUAAUCUCCCUGUUCUUUGAAGGAAGGAUGAGUGAGUGCUGUGAUUUGUACACUUUUACCGAUUUUCAUGAAAUGCCUGCUAUAUUUUGUAUUAAAAACCAGGGUGUUUUAAUGCACGUAGAGAAGAAA